GCGCCCUUCCACAUGGAAGUAUCAAACUGCCAAGGUGAUGCAAUAAAAUUCCCAGCUGCCUGUUCGGGAGUCGGUGCAAUCCAAUAUGGCGUCCGGUUACGUGAAAAGGUCAACGGCUUUGGUUGGUUUGGCAGUUUCCAAAGCACCCAGGGAGGCUCUCACAAAGUUGUAUAAAGAGACAUUGGUGGUGUUGGGAAGCAUGCCAAAGAGUGCCCAGUACCGUAUACACACAGAGCAGAUCACUAAACAGAGACUAGAUGUUGUGGAACAGGAGAGUGACAUACCACAACUGGAAAACAAACUUGGAGCUGGACAAAUUGAAGAAGUUAUUCAACAGGCAGAAGAUGAGCUGUCUUUGGCCAAGAAGAUGCAAGAUUGGCAACCUUGGGAACCACUACAAAAUCCUCCACCUGCAGACCAGUGGAAGUGGCCAUGACAGUCUGGAUGAAAAAUUUGGGAAAUGACAUCUAUGGCAUCCAUGACAGGAAGCCCAAGAUAUGGACUUACUAGUUUUUGUACAAACGUUAGUUUUGCCAUCUUGUAUCGAUGUAUUUACUUAAACUUUACUUUUUAAAACAUUUCAAACAAGGACUGGGAUUUGUGCACAAGUGAAUAAAGAUGCAAAGAAUGAUGA